GCUCGCGCCCAGGCGGAGGCGGCCGCUCCCGCGGACGUCGAGGGCGUGGCAGCUAGGCUCUGGGCAGCGGGCACCUAGCAGACUGUACCGCGGCGACCGCCCGCCGCGUCUCCCCAAGCGCGGCCCCUCGCGGCGCCCCGUCUCCCGCGUAGCCCGUCCGGCCGCCCCGGCCUCUCCUUGCCUGCCUGCCUGCCUGCGGCGGCCACGCGAGCAGUAGAUGCCUGGUAGACAUCUUAGAACUUUAAGAACGGAAAAGACCUGCUUUUAGGGGAUAAAGCUGAGGGUCACUAUGAAAUCUUGGAAUGACAGCCAGUCAGAUCUCUGUAGCAGUGACCAAGAAGAGGAAGAAGAGAUGAUUUUUGGUGAAAAUGAAGAUGAUUUGGAAGAAAUGAUGGAUUUAAGUGAUCUGCCUACCUCACUUUUUGCUUGCAGUGUCCAUGAAGCUGUGUUUGAGGUGCCAGAGCAGAAGGAGAGAUUUGAAGCGCUUUUCACCAUCUAUGAUGACCAAGUUACGUUUCAGCUGUUUAAAAGCUUUAGAAGAGUCCGAAUAAAUUUCAGCAAACCUGAAGCAGCAGCACGGGCUCGAAUAGAACUCCACGAGACAGACUUCAAUGGGAAGAAGCUGAAGCUGUAUUUCGCACAGGUACAGAUGUCCAGCGAAACACAGGACAAAUCGUAUUUACUGCCCCCCCAGCCGGUCAAACAGUUCCUCAUCUCCCCUCCUGCGUCGCCUCCAGUGGGGUGGAAGCAGGGGGAAGACGCGAUGCCUGUUAUAAAUUAUGAUUUACUCUGUGCUGUUUCCAAAUUGGGACCAGGAGAGAAAUACGAACUUCACGCGGGAACCGAGUCGACACCGAGCGUGGUGGUUCAUGUCUGUGAGAGUGAAACUGAAGAGGAAGAGGAAACAAAAAAUCCCAAACAGAAAAUCACCCAGACAAGGCGCCCUGAACCUCUGACUGCAGCACUGAGCAAGCCCCGGGCCUUCGACUGCACGCUGUGAGGCUUUGGUUGUGGGGCGAGGCUGCUGCCACCUGGGCUGGGGUGGUGGAGACAUGCCUGCCCCGUGACCGCUGCUCAGCUGAGGCGAGGACAGGAGGGAACAGCGCCUGCCUUGGGGACAGGGGAGUACAGAGUAGCAGCCGGGUUUACCUGUUCAAAAUUUUAACUGUUGCUCUGAGCAGCACGUUAAUGUAAAGGAUUAGCCCCCAACAUGUGGCAACUCUUGACCAUUUUUAACAAUAGCAAAUUGGGAGAAUGGCUCCCUCCAGCAACGUUGAUUUCCCUGCUUCCGUAUAGCAUGGGGUACCGCAAAAUGAAAACUCUAGUCACUGAGUGCAGUACCAUUUUUAAGAACUUAAAAAUAGUCUUACAAUUUUAAUAAUGUAGUGUGGGAUUUUUUUGUAAUGGUCUAUUGGCUUCCAACUAAUCUAUUGGUAAAUGGUUAAUUGCUCUUCAAUAUACAUGGAAUUUUUUGCACAGAAAGAAACCUGACAUAGAGAGUAAUUCGUAGAAAAUCAUUUUUCUCAAGUGAUUUUUCCUUAACUUUGGGGAAGAAAUACCCAAUUCCCUUUGACUGUCAGAAUCAAGGGACCCAAAUCUAUGUGCACAUUGUUCUCAUCCCGAAAGUGAUACACAGACCCCAGUUCCUGAUGUGCCAUUCCUCCCGGACACAGAGCUGUUGCUUUGGAAGGCAGGACGUAUCCCUUGUGAGCUUGAUGACUGUGACCUCAGGCAGCCACUGCACUCUACCAUUUGUGACCACGUCCUGGCCUGUAGCUCGGACUGUCUUCAACCACCAGUUGAGUUUUUGUUAUGCAUAUUUGUGUGUCAUUAUUCUUGAAUUAGAAAAGGUCAUGAUAAGAUUUUCCAUUUUUAAAUUGUCCAUUUAAACAUUUUUCAGUUUGAUUUGAAAGAAAAGUCACACACAUUCUUUUUCUGUGAAUUAGGGAAAGAUGGGGCAAACAGAGAUAGUUUUAAUUGGACUUUCUUCUGGGUGAAAUUUUUUUACCCUGGCUUCCAGUUGGCAUUUUCCCCUAAAAUAGAAGUGUUUCCUACUUGUGUUUCAGAGUGUAUCGUUGAACCUGCUAAGGUAGAAGCAGACAUCUUCUUAACUCUUUGUGGUCUCUUUGGACUUUGAGGUCCCUUUUAUAGAGAAGCAUCAAAACUAAGAAUGCUUUGCUUCAGGUCAAGUGGCUCUGCUGAUUCUCUGCUCACUCCGAGGUUUUCUUUGUAUGGCAAGUGUCUGGGGUUCCCUGGUGUGCCUGUGCAGGGACGUGUGAGUUUAGACUAAUAAACCAAUAUGGCUGCCACUACAAAGAAAGAAUAAUGCAGAAAUUCAGACUGUGCUGUCUAUACAUUUUUGGUAAUGUAUUUCUGUGGUCUAGAUGUUCUUAUUAUGGUAGAAUUUAUUUCUAAGGACAUAAACUUUAUUGAAAAAAAAAAGAGUUUUCUAUAUUUUCCUUGCCCUCAAAUACUCUGAGAUGAUCAACUCUUCUAUUUGUAUAUAUCCACCACUGGUAAGCCUCAGUGUAAAUUCAGUUGAAACUUGUGAUUCUGUAAGCAGUUUAUUAAACUCAUUAUUUGGCAGUUUAACUGGCAGCCACUUAAUAAAUUUACUUUGCAGUUCUAAAUUCA